AUGGACCUCGGGUACGGCACUGUCUCUGCCUUCCAAUCUCUUUCGGAUUCGGGCUCAAUCGAGAACCAACACCUUGUUCCUGCAUCUCUUGUUCCUAGCUCGGCCAACUCUCAAGAUGGCCACUCGCACUCGCAACCUUCCCCUGUCUCUCAAUUCCCUGCUCCAGUCUCAACCACUUUCCCUAGCCCUACUACCUCUCAGGGUGACGAUCCCUUAGGUCCAACUGGUGCCCGUGUGGAAAAGCGAAGACUGAAUACCCUCGCUGCUCGGCGAUGUCGGCAGAGACGGGUUGAUCGGAUGAAGGAUCUUGAGGCCGAGUUGGAGAAGGUCCGCCGGGAAAGGGAUGACCUGAGACUUAAGUGUUCUAAGCUGGAAGGCGAAACGGAUGCUUUGAAGGGUCUUCUCACUCGCAAGAACAAGGAUAGCUAG